AUGGUCGAUUCCGAUGAAGACUAUGUUGGCGCAGUUUCUGAAGGAGAAGAAGAGGGCGAGGCUCAUGUAGUCUCAGCAGGCGCUGGGACGCGAGCGCGGCGGAGGAAGCAGCAUGGCGGUGCCGAGUGGGAAGUGUCACGCACCUGGGAGUCGGUCGUGGAAGGCGCGGACGGUACCAUCAGCUCGACCGUCGAGGGCCUUUUGGAGGCGGGCAAGAGAAAGAGGCGAGUCUAUCACGCUAACAUGCGUUGCAACAGGCUGCUCCGAGACACCACGCCGCUGCAGCGAGGCAUCAUCCGCCACCUGAUGCUCGUGCUCGAUCUCUCUCAGUCCAUGGCAGAAAAGGACCUCCGCCCGACGCGCUACCUGCUGGCUCUGCGCUUUGCCCAGGAGUUUGUCGUCGAGUUCUUCGAGCAAAACCCGAUAUCGCAACUGGGGAUUCUCGGCAUGAAAGACGGGCUGGCCGUCCGCAUCAGUGAUAUGAGCGGAAACCCAACCGACCAUAUUGUUGCCCUUCAGGAUCUGAGGGCGUCCGAUCCAAAGGGCCUUCCUAGUCUCCAAAAUGCGCUGGAGAUGGCCCGAGGGGCCCUCUUCCACACGCCCAGCCAUGGCACUCGAGAAGUCCUGAUUAUCUUUGGAUCACUGCUCUCAUCCGACCCCGGCGACAUACACCAGACUUUGAAAUCGCUCGUCACAGACCAGAUCCGAGUCGGCGUCGUUGGCCUGGCUGCACAAGUUGCCAUUUGCCGUGAGCUCUGUGCCAAGACAAACGGAGGCGAUGAUACAGUAUACGGCGUUGCUCUGAAUGAGCAGCACUUUAAAGAACUAAUGAUGGAAGUUACCAUUCCCCCGGCAACGCAUACAUACAGACAGGCUAGUAAUGCGCUUUUGAUGAUGGGGUUUCCGUCCCGUACAGUAGAGGCGUUCCCGUCUCUUUGCGCGUGUCACUCUAAACCAUCUUGCGGAGGAUAUUUGUGCUCACGAUGCGGGAGCAAAGUCUGCGGCCUUCCAGCCGAAUGCCCUGCAUGCGGUCUUACCUUGAUCCUCUCGACACAUUUGGCACGCUCAUACCAUCACUUGUUCCCCCUCAUAAACUGGGUUGAGGUUCCCUGGAAACGAGCUCUGCAAAGCUCCCAUUGCUUCGCCUGCGGCACUCAAUUUCCAUCAGCUCCGCCCCAGGAUCAAUGGGAGGUUUCGGAGAGCAACACAAAAGGAAUGAGUGUUAGCAGCCGGUAUGAAUGCUCAACGUGCAAAAAUCAUUUUUGCAUCGACUGCGAUCUUUUUGCUCAUGAAAUUGUCCACAACUGUCCUGGCUGCCAGAGCAACAACCUGUCGGUGUCUCACAGGUGA